ACUACUGAAGCAUGACUCGGACAUUGACAGGAUUCACAUCACCUCCUCUGUCGCCACAAAUCUCAACAUGCCGGCUCGUCAGCAACUCACCUUUCGUCCCGAGUUUGUGGCAUCGGACAUGUCGUACAGGAUGAAUGCCAACAACCUUCUGGCAGCAACGACAUACGUCGCUGGCUACGCUUGCGAGAUACCAUGCGACCACUGCAAGAGCGCAGCAGUCCUGCCAUUUCCGAAAUGUGUAACGUCGCCGAACUUCAAUGGCGGUGCAUGUACCAAUUGCUCGCUGAGCAAAGCGAGUGUCUCCUGUACACAUCGGCACGACGGUACGAGGGCACGAUGGUCGAAUUGAUGCUUCACAACUGACACUCCCAGUUCGCUUUCAGCAGCUGGCUAGACCCGAUCGGCUCCGUUUGAUCGACUCCGACGACGAGGACGAUGAGGAGGU